CAAAAAUUCGACUUGAAAAAGCUCGUCUACAACUUUCUCAUCCAUGCGAAAUUCAUUUAGUAUAUAAUCACAACCAUCCAUUAGAAAUAAUAACAAAUCAACAUCAGGAACAAUCUUCACCAUCAGAUUCAAUGACGUCACCUACAUUAACUGAAUCGAUUUAUUCACAGCAAAGUGCAUUAAUUCCACAACAAAAUCAAUUAGCUGGAUCAUCAUCGAUCCCAUUUCUUAAUCAAAUAAAUUCUCCAACCGAUUCUGCAUCAUUGUAUUCUUCUCUUAGUGUGGGAAAUAGUCCACCAUCUCCACAAUACCUAGAAUUUGCAUCACAGAUUGUUGAA